AUGGUUGUCAGAGAAGGGGAGAACAAUGGGCCGCCGCCACGGGAUCUCUUCAUCGCUAUUAGUCUUGAUCAGAAGAUGGUAGAGAACACCUUCGCCAACAACAAGGUCACCUCCAACCUUACGACUGUUAUCAAGCAGGCUGGUGUUACUAACGGUUGGAGCAAGGAUGUGGGCAAUUUGCUUUAUAGGGUUGCAACUGAAUAUUCCAGUAGUGCGGCAUCCACUCAUCGGCCUAUUUUACUUGAGUAUGUUGUUUCAUCGAAGAUUAAGAAGGUUACACAGUUAGAUGGAGCUUUUUCACUUCUUGUCAAAGUUGGUGUUUCAAGUUUUGACUUGAAAGAAUUUGAAGAAGCCUAUGGUGUAGGAGUUGAUGUCUCUGUCGAAGAAAUAGAAUCCACUGUCAAUGUUGUUCUUGAUGGAAACAUGAAUGCCAUUUUGGAGCAGCUUCAUAGCAUAAAUGUUGGCAAGCUAUGUGGAGAAGUUAGAAAGCUGCAACCAUGGGUAGAUGCCAAAAUAGUAAAGGAUAUGAUUGAUGGCAAACUUCGCCAAUUACUAGGAGAGAAGACAGAAUCUGAUAAUAAAAUGCUCUUGAAAGAAAAGAAAGAAAAACCUGCAAAACCUAAGGAUAAAAGCAAGCCCCUGGUCGACUCUGCAUUUCCUACUGAGGCAGAAAUCAAUCCUUUUUUGAUAUUUCCACAGCCAGAGGAAAACUACAAGGUUCACACUGAGAUCAUUUAUAGUGAUGGGAGACCUAAAUUAAGUGCUCAGAACACAAUGGAUCUGCUAAAGGCACAUCUUGAGAAGACAGGUGGUAUAGUCUUAACUCGUUUUCCUCCAGAACCAAAUGGUUAUCUACAUAUUGGCCAUGCCAAGGCUAUGUUUAUAGACUUUAGCCUAGCAAGAGAAAGAAAUGGAUCUUGUUACCUGAGAUUUGAUGAUACUAACCCUGAAGCUGAAAAGAGAGAAUACAUUGACCAUAUACAGGAAAUUGUCCAGUGGUUGGGUUGGAAGCCUUUCAAGGUUACUUAUACCAGUGAUUAUUUCAAAGAGCUCUAUGAUCUAGCUGUUAAGCUGAUAGAAAAGGAUCUAGCCUACGUUGAUCACCAGCUGCCUGAGGAAAUCAAGGAGUACAGAGAAAAAAAGAUGAACAGCCCUUGGAGGGAUCGGCCAGUUAGUGAAUCCUUGAAGUUGUUUGAUGAUAUGAGACGUGGCUUGAUUGAUGAGGGUAAGGCAACACUCAGAUUGAAACAGGACAUGCAGAGUGACAACAAAAAUAUGUAUGAUUUGAUUGCAUAUCGUAUAAAGUUUACUCCCCAUCCGCAUGAUGGUGAUAAGUGGUGUAUAUAUCCUAGUUAUGAUUACGCUCAUUGCAUUGUGGAUUCUCUUGAGAACAUCACACACUCACUAAGUUUCCCUUUUGCUAAUCUGUCUUGA